CAAUGUUUAUGGUGUUUACGAUCGUAUCGGCCAUUCUGUACUGGUUGAUCAUCGGGACAUUCUCGUCACUCGUCAUGGGCAUCGAUCCCUCCGGACGAAUCUAUCGACAAAAGCUCGACAUGGUCAACGAGUAUCUGAGAUUCAACAGGUUCCCCGAAGCCAUUCGCGUCAAGGUCCGACGGUACUUUCGGGUCAAGUACCAGGGCAAGAUCUUUCAGGAGGAUCUGUUGAAUGACCUCAAUCGAUCAAUGCUGCAAGAGAUUGCUCUGUUCAACUGCCGUGGACUGAUCGAGAAGGUCGACUUUCUGCGGCGUAACAAGUGCGACGGCCGGGACGAGCUCUUUCUCACGGAGCUGUGCAUGGCGCUGAUAUCGGGCUACUACAUCGAAGACGAGAUUGUCUUCAGCGCAGGCGAGGACGGAUCCGACAUGUACUUUAUUCAAACGGGGAAGGCGUCAGUUAUUGUGAAGGGCAGCGUGGUGGCCGAAAUGGAAGACGGGUCAUUUUUCGGAGAGGUAUCGCUCAUUACAGGAGCCCCGCGCACGGCCACGGUCAAGGCCAAGACGAGGCUGCUGGUCUACAAGCUGAUGCAGGAUGACUUCAACCGAAUCCUGCUCCAGUUCCCGGAUGUUGGCUUGCAUAUCCGAGAGACCUUCAAGGCCCGGAUGGCUCGGCUUCAGAAGCAAAGCGGAGCGCCGCCAGAGGCGCCGCCUACCAAAGCGGAGCCGCCGCGAGUCUCCAUAAUUGAAACCAGGCACCGGUCGAGUGUGGCAACGUGAGACAUAUGGCAUGUUGAAGAAACGAUGGGAUCCAUCAUCUCCUUCGGACAAACACGGCGUAGUCGGUCAUUUCACGCACCCGGCCAACAACGACCAAGUGGGCCAAAUCGCUUCACUGAGUCUCCGUGGACUGGAAGCAUA